AUGGCAUCUACUUCUACCACAACUUUUGGAAACGCACCCGCUCGCCCCUCUCACCCUGUUACAGUCUCUGGUGUCGUUGAAGUUUCAACAUUGCUCCCACCCGCAGACAACCACAAUUACACCUAUCGCUCCUGCACGGCUGCCAUCACCUGCAAUGAAUGGGAUUCAGACAGGGAGGCUGAGUACGACGGUACCUUUACUGCGUACUGCUCUUCUAUUGACGCUCCCGUUGAUGGUCACUGUUACGUAAUGAAAUCCCGGUUUUUACCCGACUGCCGUUCAGCCGACUACGCAAUGUAUCACGAGGCUGAUCACAGAAUUUUAGUCGGCACCAGUGACUCCUUCAGUGGAGUCCUCAACAAUAAUACUGCACUUACUGGUCUCAGUAUUGUCAACUCAAAAACUACUAUCCCCGAUGACGCUACUGGCAAGAAUACACUCUGCUUCGUAAUGCAGCACAUCAACUACAAACCCCAAAUACACGAAGAUUACCAAUUUGAAAUUGAAUACCAAAUACGACCAACGCGCAACCUCCAGAGCGCCCAGGGCCUUAUCCAAGUCGGUCGCGAAACCCUCAUCAAUGGAUUCAUUGUUGAUUGGGACAAUGAAAACACCCGCUGGAUCGUGGAGGUCACAAGUGUUAGUAACUGCACUGGUCAAGCGGACAGUGCGAACAAGAAGAUCACGCCGGGUGGCCAAGUGACCCCGUCAGGUCGUGUGCGGCCCGCAAAUGUGACGCCUACAAAGUCAACCAAAGCGCCAAAAGCUACCCCGGACCCUAAGGGCAAACGCAAAGCCGUUAACCAAGAGCCUCUCGACUACUUAGAAGACGACCUUGACUCUGAAGAAGAGGAGGAAGAAGAGCCAGCCCCCCCGCCCAAGGCCACUCGCAAAUCCCCCAAGAAUCCCGCCAAACCUAAAGGCAAAAAAGCCAAGGAAGCCAAAGAUCACAUCAAUGUGCCUGGCAAGUUGGAGCGACCAAUGCCACUGCUCGGUGCCUGGAGCCAGCGGCCAUUUAUGGUUCAAUCCGUAUUUUACAGGUCGAUGUCUGAGAAUCUUAGCUGCCCUGGACUUCUCUGGGCUAGUGUGACUCAUUAA